UCGGCAACUAAAAAAAACUCGAUAAACAAACAUUAUGAAAAGUGUUCAAUGAAAUUGAUUUUGAUUGAAUUCACUCUUGUAAUCAACUCGGCUACUGAUUGAUCAGUUAUCCAACAUUAAAACUAUCGCCAAGAUCUAUCAAUAAAAGCAUAAUAUAAACACCCUUCUAGAACUUAAUGUUGGUUUUUUUGAAAACUUAAUUUUAUCUUUUAUCGAUAAGUUAAAAAAAAACAAAAACAUUAUUUUGAUUUCUUUUAUAUAGUCGAAGCUUAUUUAACUGAAGAUAAUCUUAAAAAUGAUUAUAAUUUAUCUAAAUAUGAAUGUGAUAAUGAUGGUUGGAUACCAAUUGAACAUUUAAAUCAUUUAAAUAAAUUAUCAACAUAUAAAUAUGAUACUAUACUUAAUGCUUUAUGUUCAAAACGAUCAAAUAUAAUUGAAAUAAAUUUUCAUCAACCAAUAUGUAUACGUCGUCGACGUCAACCAUUAUUACAAACAUCAAUUGAACAUAAUCCAAAUUUAUAUCGAACUGUUGUUGUUAAUGGUUUACCACGUGAUGUUAAACAUGAAGAAUUAGUUGAAUUUUUUAAUCGUUUUUAUCCUGUUUAUAAAAUAAA